CUGUGUGCAUGUUACUGUUCGCCAGCUCUGCAAGGGAGUUUCUUCAGGGAGUGAAGAAAAGCCUAUGAACUGUUGGGAGAUUCUAAAUCUUUCCUUGAGAUGUCAGCCAAGAGCUUCAGCAUAGUCACAGCUGCUGCAGUGCUUAUUCUCUUCCAAAAGACACAGCUCUCAGUGCAAGCACCGUUAAAUGGAUCUAAGUGGUCUUACAUUGGUCCUGAUGGAGAGAAAACUUGGCCCAAGAAGUAUCCAUUUUGUGGAGGAGUAUUCCAGUCUCCAAUAGAUUUUCAUAAUGAUAUUCUCCAAUAUGAUACCACUCUCUUACCUUUAGAGCUUGUAGGCUACAAUGUGUCCUCCACUGACCACUUCAUGUUGACCAAUAAUGGUCAUUCAGUAAGAAUGAGUCUGUUUCCUACCAUGCACAUCAAAAACCUCCCUUUCCAAUACACUGCAACUCAGCUUCACCUACACUGGGGAAACAGGAACAAGCCAGAAGGCUCGGAGCACACAGUCAGUGGAAGGCAUUUUGCAGCAGAGCUUCAUAUUGUACAUUAUAACUCUGAUAAAUAUCCCGAUGUAACAGCAGCAAUAGACAAAUCAGAUGGGCUAGCAGUUUUGGCUAUUCUCAUUGAGAUAGGCCCAUUCAAUCCAUCCUAUGAGAAGAUCUUCAGUCAUUUCCAGAACGUGAAAUACAAAGACCAGGUAGCUCUAGUCCCAGGUUUUGACAUCCAAGAACUGCUUCCUGACCAACUGGAUGAGUAUUAUCGCUAUGAAGGAUCCCUGACCACUCCUCCUUGUUUCCCUAGUGUUCUCUGGACAGUUUUCCGACACCCGGUAAAAGUUUCACAAGAACAGCUGCUGGCACUGGAAACAGCUCUGUACUGCACACAACCCAAUGACCCCGCACCCCUGGAAAUGAUUAAUAACUUCAGACACAUUCAGGAGUUUGAUGAAAGGCUGGUUUCUGUCUCCUUCCGUCAAGAUUCAGUACAUGGUGGACUGAGCACGGGUGUUGUCCUUUCAGUUGCGUUAGCCAGUGUUCUUGGAGUUAUCAUCAUGCUUGUAGUAGCCUUUUGGCUGCUUAGGAAGAAGAGUUGCAAAAAGGAACGAGAAGACAACAGAAGAGUCAUCUACAAGCCAGCCUUUGACAAAGAGGAUGACAACACCUCUAAAGUAUGAAUUCCUACUCUGCCACAGCAGUCUCUUUUCAUUCAUGGCAUCAAGAGAAGUUUGCCUUGGGCAACAUAUUUCUUGUCUCCAGCCAGUUAUAAACCUUGGAUGCACUUUUAAAACAAAGCAGCCAAAACACUCUGUGGUACUCCUUGCCCACCUGAACCAAACCAGUUUUCUCCUAAGCAUGAAAAGCAGUCAGAGAACGUUUUUGUUUUUAUGACAAAUAUGACAAAAUGUCACUGACAUGAAGAAAUGUCCAAAAACUACACACCUGUUAAAGUUUGUCCUAAAUUAUCUGGCAAUCUAACCAAAUGCUUGUCUAUUUGCACAAGAGCUUAGAGAGAUGUAAUCAGCCAGUAUUCUGGCUGGACUUGAAGGCCAUUUUCAUAGAAUCUUAGAAAUGCCGGGCUGGAAGAGACCUUGAGAAAUUCAUGUUGGGCCUUUUUAAUUUAUUAAUUAAUGAUAAACUUGAGCUUUAUAGGCUGUUCAUGCGACAUAUUUCCCACAAAACAUUGAAGUCUAAAGACAUUCAUUAAUCAGUUAUCACUAACGUAUGGGGGUGUCUAUAUCCACUUCCCCACUAAAAAUUAGAAUUGGGUGCUUCUCCAACAGUGGGAGGUUUAGCAGGAGCGGCACCAGGGUUUUUGCCACCUUAGGCAGCAGCACUCCUACUCUGAGCAUUCGGCGGCAGGGGUCCUUUCACUCCACGUCUUCGGGGCACUUCGGCGGCAGGUCCCAGAGCGAGUGAAGGAUCCCCCAACGCCAAAUUUCCGCCAAGGACGGCAAAAUGCCACCCCCCAAAUCCUGCUGUCCUAGGUGACCGUCUAGGGUCGCCUAGUGGAAGCGCCAGCCCUGAGCUUUCAUAUAAACCAGGUCUCCUAGACCUGCUAGUGUAGAUCAGCCAGUAGCAUGGUUUAUAUGAUAGUUGUUAAUUGCAGUGGACAGUCUUCUAUACUAGCACAGCCAUUGGUGGAGCUGCAACAGUGGGAAAUAUUAGGGGGAAGAGGCUAGCAUAGAUAUAACCAAAGCCUCUUGCCCAGUCAGUGGGGUUUGAACCUAGAACCUCCAGUGUUAGACAUUUAUGUCUCUCUACUACUUGUGCUAAAGACUCCUAAGCUAGUUGCUGUAUAAGACUCAUUACCUGUUAUGUGUCAAUUGCUAAAGGGUGAGGAAAAUGAUACUCUCCUUGUGUGAUUUCCAUAGAUACAACCUAAACCCUUCCUCACAUUUUAUUGUGCUAAUUUUAUUUUAAAUUUGUGCCUGAAUGUUGGGGGGAUAAUGCAAUUACUACUUUUAAUCAGUCUGCUUUCCAUUAUAAUCAUGAAGCUGAUUCUUUUGAUUGUAUGAAAUGAGUAUUGACUUAGUUGUCUAAAUUUAGCAAUUUAAUUAUUAGAAGAGAAAAUGUAUUUAAUUAGAAUUAUUGUCUGAGAUCUCAUAAAAUGCGUACA